AUGGUAGAGACAAAGUUCAGUUGUAUCACGCUCUGUUACAGGAACCAUUUUCUAUUACAUGCCCCAGGUUUAUACUUCGCUAUCACACUCCCCGUUAACUUGCCACUGGACAGAGUUCAGGUUGUCCCUUCAGUAGCCGCACCAUAUCGAUGGACGAUGUCGGCAUGCCAAGGUCAGCCCCAUGUCCCGAUGCCUCAUUCUUGA